AUGGAAGGAAAUUCUAUACAUCAUUUUAACAUCACAAGGGAACUGGAUGUGACGGACAUCUGGUAUUGGCAUGAAAGGAUUACCGAAGUUAAAAUUGAUGUAAAUGGUAUUGUCAAGCAACCAGAUGGUCAAGCAAUAACAGAAGCUUACAGUGGUUCUGGAGACAUACCUGAUUAUCUUAACUCAAAUGAGAAGUGUGUGUUCCUGGCAUUGGACAAUCGGGACAGAUUAGGGCUUCUGCUGGUUUACCGCCCGCCUCGCUGCCCAGCAGUCUCCCUGCUUGAGCUGACAGAGCUGGUUUCAGAGGUGGCAUUGAGGAUUUCCAGACUGCUGGUUCUGGGAGACUUCAACAUCCAAGCCAAGGCAGCUGGCUCUGGGGCAGCUCAGGACUUCGUGGCCUCCAUGACAAUCAUGGGGCUGUCCCAACAUCUCAUCAGCAGCUGUUCCAGCUAUAACUCUAGCUUGGGUUUCUUGGGGGACCAGAACAUUUUACAUCCCAUGAUGGGUGAUUGUGAGAUAUCAGAAAAUUGUUCUAUCCCUUACAUUGGCGUGGGGAAAACAUAUAUUGAGGAAAUAGGUGAUAAAGAUAUAACCCAAAGCAUUGCUGACAGCAUAAUCAUCAUCAUUUGUAUGUUUGGCUUCCUGGGGAAUGGAAUGGUCAUCCGGCUUCUGGGCUUCCACAUUAAGAGGAAUCCUUUCACCACCUACAUCCUGAACCUCUCCAUCGCUGACUUUGGUGUCCUUGCAGCUCUCCUGACUAUUAUUUUGCCUGUUGUAACUUUCUAUGAGAAAUCCCAUGUUGCUGUUUUGAUUAGAAGAGUAUUAUUUGAACUAUUUUUCUUCACAUAUUCUGUGGGCCAGUUUCUACUGACCGCAAUCAGCAUCGACAGGUCUGUGGCUGUCCUCUUCCCACUUUGGCAUCGAUGCCACCGUCCGGCACGUUUAUCCACCAUUAUCUGUGCCCUGAUAUGGGCCCUCUCUUUCCUGCUCUCAGGCAUUCACCUUACUCUCCUACUGACUCAGAGCUUUCCAAACUCUAACCUAGUGUACCAGCUUAUUGUAAAUGCCCUCAUUUGCACUCCUCUGAUGGUCACCUCCACUCUGAUACUGGCCCUCAAAGUCUGCUGCAAAUCAGAGCAGAAGCAACGCGGGAAGCUGCUCACCACCAUUUUGCUUGCACUUCUUUUCUUCCUCAUCUUUGCUUUCCCACUAAAUGCCAUUUACACUGCCAUCUAUUUUAAUGAGAAGAAUAUGAUUCUAAUGGAAGUUGGUUUUGUGUGUGCCUCUCUGAAUAGUAGUGUCAACCCGCUGAUCUAUUUCCUAGUUGGGAGGAGACAGAAAAAGGGCCAGUCCAGGGUCUCCAUGAAAGCUGCACUCCAGAGGAUUUUCAAGGAUGAGGAAGAAUCAGUAUCCAAAACUGAAAACUCAGUUAUGAUAGCAACUUAAUGCCUUAAGGCAGGACUGGCCAAAUCUUUAUUAUCAUAAGCACAAUAAUGUACAGAGGGUAGUCUUUGGUGUGAAAGACUUCUUUUAAUGCCUUUCUAUCUCAUGUCCAACAUAGGAAAUUUAAACUAGGAGUUUUGUAUUGUAACAUUUGCUGUGGAUAGAGUAAGACUGUGGAGAUGGGUCUUGGACAGAAGGUUAGCUUGAGUGUAGUCUUCUUCACCCCUAUAUUUUUUGAAGGGUUGGGCUAAAGCUUUUCUCCCCACCACCUCCCCAUGCCAUAAUGUUGAUUGGCAUUUCAGGCUUUCAGAAAGUACACAAGUAGACUGGACAAAGCACACAACUUCAAGCUAGACAGCAGUGGGACAUGACCACAGUCCCUUGCUCACGCUGACUGCAGUGGCUGUGAACCGCCUUGAUAUCAAAAGGUAUAGGGUGGU